AUGUUGCGAUGGAUCUUCUUCACGAGCAUUCAUUUACGCAUCUUCGCGAUCCAUUAUUCGUAAACAUUCAUUUUUCAUCGACGCAUCAUGAAUACAUUCACAACAUGCGAAUGGAAGCGAGAGCGAAAAAUAUAAAACGAUCACAUUGACAAGUUCCAAACGAUUCCCGUUCAUUCAUUGCAUUCAUGUUCCCCACGCUUUAUUCAUUCAUUCGCUGUUGUGUGCUCGUCGCUCGCGAACUUUGACAGCUGCGGUUAGUUUGUUUUCGUCCCGGGUUUCGCUUUCAAAAUGGAUAAUCCGCUUGUGAAGAAAAAGACUUUAAAACAAAUAAUUUUGAGUGUUGUUGACGAAGUUAAAGAACAAAACGGUCAAACAGUGUCUUAUCGGUGCAGCGCUUAUGAGAAAAACGGCAACCGGUGCAAUUACGGGCAAAAAAUAUUAGUUCCAUGUAAGUUGAACGUUUGAUCUUCCCUGUAUAAUACUGCAAUCAAAUCUCUGUUUCCGCUCAGCGAACUUCCGGCGCCACAUUAUAGGCAGCCAUCCGGAAGUGGCCAACAAUUUGGGAAUCGGCGAUGGAACUUCCGGAGAGCCACCUACGAAGAAGUCCAAAACGACGAAGAUUAUGGUGGAAACCGAUCGGGCGACGAUAAUUCUUGGUACUCUAAAGCUGGCCACAACAAACAGUUUGCCGCUGCGCUACCCAGAUUGGGAGGGCAUGACCAUACUGGUGGGUCCGCUAUGGAAAGCCGUAGAUUUAGAAAUGUCCCGUGACAAAUUGACCAAGCUGGUUGGACUUGCCACCGAAAUUCUAAAGAAACUGAUGAUCGACGAAAUGCGUGGAAAGGUAAUCCACGCUAAAAUUGACUCUGCAUCUCGCCGCGGUCGUUCAUUUUUCGGAAUCAAUGUACAAUUUACAAACGAGAAGGAUUGCGUAAUUGUCCGGCACUUGGGUAAGUUUUUCUAUUUUCAUAGCCACUGCCCACUUAUCAUUCACUUUUGGGCCUGUCCAUAAACUACGUAGCAUCUUAGUAGGGGGAGGGGGAUCUGGCUGAAGUCUACGAUCCACACAAAUUUCAAAAAAAUUGUAUGAACAAAAGUCUACAAGGGGGAGGGGGCUUGAGAUUGCCAUAAUUGAGUCUACGUACUUUAUGGAUAGCGCCUGGAUGGAGGGAGGUUUAAGAAAUGGGAUUGAUCAAUGUUAUAAUCUUUUUCAGCGUUACAUGAAAUGAUAGAGCGCCAAACAAAGGAAAAUUUGAAGCACGUAAUGGACAACGAAUUCCAGGAGUUCGGCAUAGCUAAAAACCAGCUGUUGACGGUUGCCCACGACAACGGCGCCAAUAUGGUGGCGUCCGUCCAACUGCUGAAGCGACUCGUUGAUUCCAAUGAUGACGAUCAAGGUCCAUCUGUUGGAGCCAUAGUCCGAAAAGAAAAAGCGAUGAUUGAUGCUCAUGUGGGUGGCUGCUCCAGUGAUAUCAAUGACGACGACCUCGGCGAUGAUGAUGAAUCAUCAUGGAUCAAGGAUGGAGACGAGUUGACGACGGACGACUUCGACGCCGAUCAUGAGCUAGUGGACCACGCUUUCCAAGACGACACGGAUGAUAAUGAUCUGAUUGAGUUAGAUCUAAUAGAGAGCACAAGGUGUGCAGCUCAUACAGCACAACUUGCUGUGUGGGAUGUGUUGAAAGAAUAUAAAGGACGCUUGGCAAUGAUAAACAAAGUGUGUAUCAAAAUGCGCCACAAAGCAUUCCAACAACUUUUUCAUAUGCAUAAGUAUCCGCUGCCACCCAAAAUCAACGAGACUCGCUGGAAUGUUUGGUAUAUCGUCCUUAAGUAUUUGCUCGAUUUGCGGGAAAGUCCUUUCUUGUCCAUUCUGGCAAACACGGAUGCUUCUCUAGAUUUAUCUCGCCAGUGGCAAUUCAUUGAGAAGUUUGGUGCUGCUUUCGAACCCCUGUUUGAGCUCACCUUGCGAUUACAAAAGGAUCAUGUGCCAUUGUCGCAAUUCUAUGCUGACUGGCUUGUAUGUCAAGCUAAACUCGACGGCAUAAAGGAAGGUAACAUCUUGGCGACAAAGCUUCUGAAGUCCAUGCAGAAACGAAUCAAGAAGCUAAGCUCAACCAAGGUGUUCAAAGCAUGUUUACUUUUGGAUCCGAGGUUCAAUUUUGUCGGUUCGAAGAGAUUAAGCCCAGCUGACAAAAAGGAAGCACAGGAAUACCUACUAACAUUGGAUAAACGACUCGAUGAAAUCACCGGAAUACAAAUGCGACAAGGCAAUGAAAAAGAGAACACUUCACUUCAUCAAUCCAACUUCGUCGACGAUUAUUUGACUGACUUUUUUGAAGAAGACUCAUCGUCAUCAGAACAUGUUCAGCCCCCAGAUGACUCGCUACUGAUUGACUUAAUCACACUUGAAACUCGCGAGAAAGUCAAUAUCUCGUUUCGACAAUGUGAGGGCGGCUUGAAUGCAGAACCGUUUGACAUCGUGGAAUAUUGGAAUAAGCGAAAAUUCUGUAAUCCAAGGCUGCACCGUCUGGCAUUGGCUGUUAUCUCUGCUCCAUCAACGCAAGUCACAGUUGAAAGGCUUUUUAGCCGUACGAAGAUCGUCCUGUCUGACUAUCGAAUGAAGCUGAGUGAUGAAACAUUGAAAAAUCUUAUGCUGCUAAAGAUGAACUCGGAUUUGCUUCCAAAAGUGGCAAAAAUCUUGGAUGAUGAUGAAUCAUUCAAAUGAAUAUUGAAA